AAGUCGCAAAUAGGCAAAGCACUUUCAUAGAACGAAUACAAAACUAGUGUGUAAAUAAACACGAGUUCUAGAGAAAAACACAAAACAAAAGCAGCAAAGAAAUGUUGAAGCUUGCUAUGAAUCUCAUCAUACUGCUUCUCCUCACUGUUUUCUUAGGGAUCACGCCACAAUCAAACGCCGAUGAAUCCUCCUUCGAUGUUCGUAAACACCUUGCCACUGUAUCCAGGUAUAAUGUUGCCAAGGACAUAUCAGCGAAUUCAUUCGUAUCUUCUGAAAUUCCAGAUCAAUGUACACCUCUUCAUUUGAAUCUAGUGGCAAGGCAUGGCACUCGUGCACCAACGAAGAAAAAGAUAAGGGAAUUAGAAGCCUUGGCUGGUCAUUUGGAAGUCCUUGUACGUGAUGCAAAAGAACAGAAGCAGUCUUUGGAGAAAAUUCCCGCUUGGUUAUUUGGGUGGAGCUCUCCUUGGAAAGGAAAUCUUACAGGUGGAGAGUUGAUCAGUGAAGGAGAAGAUGAAUUAUAUCAUCUUGGAAUCAGAGUUGGGGAAAAGUUUCCAGACCUUUUCAGUGAGGAAUACCACCCAGAUGUAUAUUCAAUCAAGACUACCCAGGUUCCUCGGGCAUCAGCUAGCGCUGUGGCAUUUGGGAUGGGGCUAUUUAAUGGAAGAGGGAAGCUUGGACCAGGAAGGCAUCGAGCUUUUGCUGUUACCAGUGAAAGCCGUGCAAGUGACAUAGUUUUGAGAUUUCAUGACUGUUGUCAAAGCUACAAGGCUUUUAGAAAAAGUCGGGAGCUAAAUGUAGACAAGCUCAAAGAACCUGUAUUGGAUGAAAUUACUCGUGAAUUAGUCAGGCAAUAUGGGCUUAGUUUUACGAAACAAGAUGUAUCUUCUUUGUGGUUUCUCUGCAAACAGGAAGCAUCCUUGUUGAACAUCACCAAUCAAGCUUGUAGUCUGUUCAGUCCAUCUGAGGUUUCUUUGUUGGAAUGGGCUGAUGAUUUGGAGUUGUUCAUUCUGAAAGGCUAUGGUGAUUCACUAAAUUAUCGAAUGGGAGUGCCACUGCUCGAGGAUGUUGUGCACUCAAUGGAACGGGCAAUUAAAGCUAAAGAAGAAGGAUAUGCUCCAGGGACCUAUGAAAAGGCAAGAAUGCGUUUUGCUCAUGCAGAAACUCUGCUUCCCUUUUCAUGCCUGAUCGGGCUCUUUCUUGAAGAACCUGAGUUUGAACUGAUACAAAGAGAGCAAAGCUUGGAACUCCCGCAGAAGCCUCCUAAAACUAGAAACUGGCGGGGAAGUGUAGUGGCUCCUUUUGCCGGAAAUAACAUGUUAGUCCUGUACAGCUGCGAAUUGGACAACUCUAGCAAGUACUUUGUGCAAGUGCUACAUAAUGAACGUCCCAUCGCAUUGCCAGGUUGCAAUAGUUCAAGUUUUUGCCCAUUUGAAGUGUUUAAGGAAAGAAUAGCUGCUCCUCACUUGAAACAUGACUAUAAUAUGCUUUGCAACGCAAACAUGCAACAGGGACAGCAGAAUUCUGCUUCCAGUAAGUUAUCACAAAUAUUUAGUUGGCUUUUCUCGCUGAAGAACGCUGGUUCAUCAUCUCAGAAAGUCGAGUUAUAGUUUCUCACAAGUUUCUCUCUUCUUCUUUUCUCUGUCUGGCUGGUUGUGCCUUCUUAUUAGCAUGAUUCAUCCAUUAAGCCAGGAGAUGGUCCUGGCGGGGUGGCAAUUUCUAGGAUAACAAGUCUUGUAUGGAUGAUGUUUCGGGGUUACAGAGUCACUAGUUGAUUUUUGGAGGUCUAACCGUAGGUAGCAAAGAAGGAAUAUAAUUACUGAUUAGUAUGUUUUCUCACAUCUGGGGAAUUCAUGCUGUGUAUUGACCCAUGUUCCUAGAGUUUGAAUGGCCUUGAUUUGGCUGCUCUUUGUCAAGUCUCAGUUACGUUGGCAUAGAUAGUUUGUAACAACAACAACACAAGUAUUAGUUGAUCUUUUAGCUAUUUUAUCGUAAGUAUGGAAGGGCUUCUUUCCAAGGAUUUCAGCCAAAUAGUAAUUGGAUAUGCUGUAUCACC